GGGGGACGUGGGCUAAAAAUAACCCCUCUCCCCAAACCCCCAAGACCUGUCAGCUUUACGUGAACCUCAUAUUCUCCAGACCUACAUCACCGUUGAGUAUAAUUGCCCAUUUGGAUGUAAAAAAAGGGAUCUGAUGCUGAGCACUGGCUGCUUUGGACUUGGUCUCUCAUGACAGAUGUGUCUAAACUGAGUGACGUGUGUGCAGUGAUCCAGAGAGAGGAGAUGACAGAUGAGCGGGUUGACAUGGCCGACCCAGACAAUCUGCUGUUCUUGGACACAGAAGCUGUCAACUCUUCCUUUGCUUCACCGCCCAUAGAGCAAAAUGAGGCCGGUCAUGCCACGGACAAGCAGACAGACGACAGCUUCAAUUCAGUCCCUGAUCAACACCCUGAUUCAGCCCCAGGAAGCUCAGGAUUAAUGCUAGUUUCGUGCCAGGAUGGGACCAUUGAGAGGCAUAGUACAAACAUUGAAAGGGAAAAUGAGAGCGGUUUAGUCUUAACACAGACUCUGGAUCACACUGCAAUGAUAGAAAUUACACUAAAUCAUCCAAAUGAUGAUAAAACUGAUGACUUUGGUACUGCUGCUGUAAUGGAGACUGACAAUAUCACAAACAGUAUUAACAUCCCUAAAGAGGUAAUUCACCUGAUGGACGUAGACAAUAUGAUAGACAGAAAUCAAAAUGACAAACAUAGUGAGUCAAAUACUAAAGAGGAUCCAAAUGAGGCUCAUGACCCUCCAGAUGUUUCAUUAUUAACAGAACACAACAGAAAAGAAGAAAUGAGGCAAGACACCAUUUCAAACCAGUAUGCUUCCUUUGAAAGCACUGGACUUGAGGUUAGCCACAUGGCUAAUGAGAAAAGCUCAUGCUUGAUUGCAAGCAAUGAGACUGAUGCAACGUUCUCUGAAACCCUCAUCCAGACUUGCCAGGAUGCAUCUGGAGGAGUUGAUGUAGCAGUGGCAGGGGUGACUGCAUGUACAAGUCAUCCAGAAAUGCAUGACAUUGCAGAAGACUUGACAUGUUGGGGCUUUAUAACCUCUCAGAUACCAAAGAGAGAAGAUCCGAAGACUGGCGUUCAUCCUUCUUUGGCUGAUUUGCAUGAAGCAGACACUUUAAACAUUUUAACACACAACUCCACAUUAUUAGACCCUUUAAUGAGUCCAGAGGUUCCAUUAUUAACAGAAAACAACGGAGAAGAAAUGAGCCAAGAUGCCAGUUUAAACCAACAUGCCUACAUUGAGAGCAUUGGACUUGAGGUUAACCAAAUGGCUGAUGAUGAUGAUCCCUUGGUAAAUAGUGUCUCUGAUCUAAUGGAUAGUGAGCAAAGCUUGAUUGCAAGUAAUAAGACUGAUGCAACUUCCUCUGAAACCCUCAUCUGGAUGUGCCAGGAUACAUCUGAAGGUGUUGAUGUAGCAGUGGAAGCAGCGACUGCAUAUAAAACUCAUCCAGAGAUGCAUGACAUUGCAGAGGACUUGACAUGUUGGGGCUUCACAACCUCUGAGAUACCAAAGAGAGAAGAUCCGAAGACUGCCGUUCAUCCUUCUUUGGCUGAUUUGCAUGAAGCAGACACUUUAAACAUUUUAACACAUGACUCCACAUUAUUAGACCCUUUAAUGAGUCCAGAGUUUUCAUUAUUAACAGAAAACAGCAGAGAAGAAAUGAGCCAAGAUGCCAAUUUAAACCAGUAUGCCUACAUUAAGAGCAUUGGACUUGAGGUUAACCAAAUGGCUGAUGAUGAUGAUCCCUUGGUAAAUAGUGUCUCUGAUCUAAUGAAAAGUGAGCAAAGCUCAUGCCUGACUGCAAGAAAUAAGACUGAUUCAACUUCCUCCAAAACCCUCAUCCAGACUCGCUGGAAUACAUCUGAAAGCCUUGGUGUAGCAGUGGAAGCGGCGACUGCAUAUAAAACUCAUUCAGAAAUGCAUGACAUUGCAGAAGACAUGACAUGUUUUGGCUUUUCAACAAAAAAUCCAAAGACUGAUGUUCAACUAUCUUCGGCUGAAUUGCACAAAGCAGACACUCUAAACAUCUUAACACAUGCCUCCGCAUUAUUAGACACUUUAAUGAGUCCAGAAGCUCCAUUAUUAACAGAACACAACAAACAAGAAGAAAAGAGCCAAGACACCAAUUUAAACCAAAGUGCCUCCUUUAAGUGCAUUGGACUUGAGGUUACUGCCUCCGAUGUAAUGGAAAGUGAGCAAAGCUCAUGCUUAAUUGCAAGCAAUGAGACUGAUGCAACGUACUCUGAAACCCUCAUCCAGACUUGCCAGGAUGCAUCUGAAGGUAUUGAUGUAGCGGUGGAAGUGAUUAGUGCAAGUAAAACGCAUCCAGUAAUGCCUGACUUUGCAGAGGACUUGACAUGUUGUGGCUUCACAACCUCUCAGACAGAAGAUUCGAAGACUGGUUUUCAACUAUCCUUGGCUGAACUGCACAAAGCAGACACUCUGAACAUCUUAACACAUGCUUCCACAUUAUUAGACACUUUGGGGUUGAACAACAAUGUACUGGAAACAGCUGACAUGCCAGUCAAUGACAGUGAGAUCAUUCUGACUGUAAGACAAGACUUGGCUUCCUCAAAUGUUGAGUUUAGCACUGGUGUUUUAACUCAGACAGUGCAAAAUCUUCUACAGGAUUCAAAACAUGAUGUAACAGAAUCAAAAUUCAGCAAAACUGAAGAUUCCAUGCUUGAUAGAAUGAUUGAAACAAAGUUUCCAUUGAACACCAGUAGGGUGCAACCACUGGCAACUAGUAGCAAUGAUCCAGUUGAAACAACUAAUAAUUCUGAGUCACCUUUUCCCCAAUCCAUGCACGAAACUUCAAAGAUUGGUGAAAAACAUGAGGAUCUCUCGCAAGUGAUCCCUUGCCCAGCAACUGUCACAAUUAGAGAUUUAGGUAACUGUUCUGAGGAGAUCGAUGGUGCUUGCUUAAAGUUCACAGGAACGGAACGUGAUUUUGAGGCUGGUAGCGAGUUGUGGCUGGACGCUUGCCAGUUCUUGGCAGGUGAAGAGGAUGGGGGUGCUAUUUUUGACAAGAGAGGUCGUUCGUGUCCUCCCAGCCCCUCCACGGCCCAUCCAGACAACACAAAAGCCUCAGAUUACUCCAAGAGAAGGAACAUUUCAAUUGACCACCACACUGAAGACUGGGAGCUAAGGUUUCCACCUGUUGAGAGGUGGUCGUCCUCAGACAGCUGGGCUAGUGCACUUUCAGACUGGUUCCAGGCAGUUAACACCUAUUCGGAAGACUCUUUGACUUCAAGCACUGGUCCUAAGCACGGUAUGGCAAUCCAAGACAACAUUUUGGAGCAAAGGACAAGUCCUGAUAAUGCAAACAACGCUGGACAGACAUGUCUGUCCUUCAACCUCUUAGAACCAGAAGAACCAGGUCAAGCCUUGAGUAGAGGACUAGUUGAGUCUGAUAACACUAAUGGAGCUCUUUUUAAACAAGGAGAUAAAGAUGGACUUCCUCCACAUUCAGACUCAAACAAACAGGACAUUACAAACAGGACAUUGGAGAACAACAUAAGUUUGUUGCAGAGCUCUGAAUCUCAUAAACCAGAUAAGAAUGCAGGCAUGCAUAUGCCUAAUGUAUCGAAAUCUCCUGCAAAUGAGGACAGUGCCAAACUUCAUGGAGGUCAGCAAAUCCCUGGAGAGCUUUGGAGUGCAAAGUCGGAAGUAAAUGCAUUGGUGGAGGUGACGGAAGACCAAGUUUUCCAACUCGGAUUGGUCUUCGAGGAGCAAAGUGAAAGAAGUUUUACUUCUCAAAAGAUCUCAGCUUCCAAGAAUUUAACUGACUGUGUGAGCGGUGAAGAACGGCGUCACGGCUCCGAUGUUGCUCUUCGCACAUGCCCCUCUCAAUCGAACAGUCACGUGUCUUCUGAGGCGGGACGUGCUAAAGGAAAUCAUUCGUUUGGGCAUUUUAAUACCGAGGACUGUACUGUGAAGCCAAGAGAAGAGGAAAGAAAAAUAGUUCCGCCGAUUAUUAUGCCGUUUGCUCCGCUCAAAACUAGAAAUACUUUCCUACAUCAUAGUUCAUUGAAAAGUCCACAAGCUGGUCUAGUUUGUCAGCCUAAAGGGAUUAUUAAUAAGAUACACUCUAAGAGUGGUCAAAAAUCAAUCAGUAGUGAGGAUUCGUCUGAAGAGCGCUUUCAUACAUGUGGAGACUUAUAUGAUCCUUCUAUCAAGGAUACUAGGAGAAAAGCAGAGUUCAGUGAUACCUGUGACAUCAGCAAAGAGCUUUCUAACUUAAUUUUACUCACAGGACAGCGUUUUGUGGUGUCUGAGGACAAAAAUGUUGCAUAUGUCACUCUAGACUUGGAAGAACCCAGUUUGAGUCAUUUUUCUUUGUCAAACUGCGAGGAACGACCUAAAAUAGACAAUAUGCCUCACAAGACUUCCAAAACGUCCUCAGAUGGUAAAACACGCUCUAAACAUAAGGAGAAACCAGCUGAGAAGCAGCAACUUGGUAUUCAAGGAUUAAAAAAGCAAGAUCUUCAGCCCCCAUCCCAAGUGAAAGAUGAGCUCAAUUCAGAAGGAGAUGAAAAUCGUCCAGUUGCUGUCAUUGAAACUAUUGUUAUCACAGAGAAGAUUGUUCCUAAACCCCAAGUGAAGAAGAAAAAGAAGCAUGGGGUACCAAAACCUGAGAAUGAUCCACCGAGUGACACAGGCAGCAGAAGCGCUCAGAAGAGCCUUGACGUGAAGGUAGCCUCAAAUGGUAUGGAUAAGCCAGCAUCUCAUCUUCCCACCAAAUUGGAUGUUAUUAACAAAGAUAGCACUCAGAAAGUCAUGUCAGUGAGACCCAAAGUAGACCCCAGUUUUGCUGCCAAGAUGGACUCUGGAAGCGUAAAUGCCACUCAGAAAGCCACCGCUAUAAAACUCAAAGUAGAUGCUGGUAAUGCAGCCAAGAUGGAAAAUAAGACGUGCACCUCAGAGUCUCCAAGCACAUGUUUACCCGGCAUGCUGAAUGAUGACGUCAAGCGCAGGAGAAUCGCAGACGACCUGUCUGGAGCUGUUCCGAUAAGGACGAGGCCACAGCUGCCUGCAAUUUUCCGCCAAGCAAGAAAAGAUGGAGAAGAUACAAAUCGGAGAGCUUACAGUGAGGUCGUCAAGCAGAAGACUCCAGUGGCCAAAGAAGUUGUGGUUCCUCGUGUAGUCUCAGAGAUCCAGGCUGACCCAGUCCCAGCCGACCCCCAGAACAUCUCACUUUGGUGCCAGUUCAGUCCCGUCCCACCUGAUGCUACCGUUAGGUGGACUAAAGAGGGAACAGUGCUGUCAGAGAUAAACAAAUUAGAGAAGGAUGACGGCCGCUUCACUUUGAACAUCCUAAAGGCUUGCAGUAAAGAUCUAGGGCUGUACAAAUGCAGCCUGAACGCUGCCAACAUCUCUCUUUCGACCUCAGAGUACCAUCUCACGUCUGAGGUGCUUAUGGAACUAGUCAUUCCGAGUCAUGAUCAGCCAGCUGAGCCCAGGGUUAUGGAUGGCGAUGAGGAGAACAUCCAGUGCAGCCCGCUUCUCUUUAAAGAUGAUUUUCUCUCAGACCAGUACUUUGGAGAGCAUCAACCCGCAAGCAUCGUGACCGAAAAGGUCCACUUUGGAGAAGGCAUGCACCGCAAGGCUUUCAGGACCACACUUAGAGAAGGCAAUCUGCCAAGCUUUAACCCCGGCCAUCCCUGCGUCCUGAAAGUGCACAACGCCAUCAGCUAUGGGACCAAAAAUAAUGAGGAACUCGUCCAGAAGAACUACAGCCUGGCUGUGGAGGAAUGUCAUGUGCAGAAUACCGCUAGAGAAUAUAUUAAAGCGUACAACAGUGUAGCCAAGUCUGCAGAAUCAUUUGGAGAAGUGCCAGAAAUCAUCCCUAUUUAUUUGGUGCACCGGCCAUCUAACAACAUCCCUUACGCCACGCUAGAGGAGGAGCUACUGGGAGAUUUUGUGAAGUACUCUGUGAAGGACGGGAAGGAAAUCAACCUGAUGCGCAGAGACUCUGAGGCGGGACAGAAAUGCUGCGCUUUCCAGCACUGGGUCUACACACAGACCGAAGGCAACCUGCUGGUCACCGACAUGCAGGGUGUGGGUAUGAAACUGACAGAUGUUGGGAUAUCCACCUGUAAAAAAGGCUAUAAGGGAUUCAGAGGAAACUGUGCCACGUCCUUCAUCGAUCAGUUCAAAGCUCUUCAUCAGUGCAACAGGUACUGUGAGCUUCUGGGCUUGAUGUCCCUCCAGCCCAAGCCGAAACGGAGCGUGGCCCCGCCGAAGCCAAAAACACAACCGGCGCCAAAGAAAAAAACCUUCGGCUCGGUUCUGAACGCCAAAUCCUGAUCUCACAGAGACUGAACUUCUGCUUGUAGGAUAACUAGUGUUUGCGGUUUUGCUCAGGAACAAGCGUGUUUCUGAGACGUUUCUUUAUUUGUAAGAUGACAUUCAUCUGUAAGGACAGUAGGGAGGUUACUUCUUUCUUGAGAGCUCUUUUGUGCUUUUUUCAGUGAGCUUAUUACUGAUUUUUAUUUAAUUUUUUUAUGUUUUUUAAGGGGUGAGUGGACUUUGACAAUUGAUAUAACACUUUCUUGAUGUAAUAUUCUUUGUUUAAACCAAAGAAAUAUUAGCUAUAGUGUUUUAUCCUGAUUUACUUUGUUGAAAAGUAUUCUUUAUUAUUAAGGGAUGUGGCAGAGUAACAACAAGUUCAUGUUAUUAUGAUUGUAUGUUAUAAUAUGUGCAAUAAGUAUUUAGUUUAUCAAACUGCUGAAUCUUAAAUAGAUAUUUACUUUACGAGUGACAUGAAUGUACAAAUGUAACUGCUAGAACUGAAGUUUGAAGCUUCACAUUUUGAAUGUAAAAAAAUCGUUUUCACACACAAAAUAGUUUAUGAAUUUUUCUGUCAUUUUUGAUUUUCUAAAGUUGAUCUACAGUGUCUCUGGGAAGAAACGAAGGAUGAGGUCAAUAUGAUACUGUGGAAAAGUUUGUACGCUUGCCCUAGUAAACAGCUGUUGAUUUGCCUCAGUAAGAAUGACAAUCCUCCACCUUCACGUUUCCAUCAUCCUUCCAAAGUCAUUUGACUUAUUGCCUCAUUGCUAUAUAUAAGCACACACGUUUGAAGUCAUGUAUUUGUCCUGUUAAUGUUAAUGCACUGCACAAUUCACCUGAAAUGAAAAGUCGUGAUGUUACUGUAGCUGUUUCUGCAAAUCUAGAUAGUCUUAUCUGUUAGUGAAUGUGGAUUGAAGGUCUUGACUGAACCACAGUCGUCUUGUAUUGGCUUUGAAUGAUCUCUCAUCUGAAUGAUAUAUUGUGGAGUAAUAAGUUCUUUAUUGUGUCUGGGCUUUAGUUUAAUCACAAAGUCAUACAAUUACUUAUUAAAUUUAUUUACGUAUUACUUA